AGCAUUGUGCUAUAUCAGUCAGGCUCCCUGCUUAGUCAUAUGCUGAAUAUGGAAUCAUAUCACACUCUGACCUCUUCUCGCCCUGCUGCUAUCAUACCGACCAGAAUAACCUCAGGCUAUGGAUACACACAGAGAACUGGUUAUUGCUGUUUUACCACCAAAUAACCUCUAACUUCCCUGUUUUGGUGGAGAUCUCCACUGUCUAUCAACUGGUUGGGGUAGCUGUUGUCUGGGGUGACCAGAAGGAGAACAAUGGACUAUGAGAUGUAGCUUUAAUCUGCUGAGGUAUGGAUGGAAGGUCCAGAGGGGUAUGGUUGACACUGAACACCUGGUAUAGUGAGUUCAGCCUGGUUUACUACUGCUCAUUUGCAAGUGGAUUCAAUGGAUUGGCUUUGUUCUGUAAGCAGUUACCAUGCAAAUGUCCGUGUGAGCAGCUCAGCGCUAUGGCCAGAGGGCUUUUAGGAUGGUUGUAGUACUGAAGUAUAGUGUGUACAUGCAGUGUUCUAAGAAAGGUAGCCUAAAAGAGAAACGUAAUCAUUGUAAAGUGUUACCUGGCCAAAUGAGUACAUUUGUUGCAUUCCUAGGAACCUCACUCACUCUCCCUAGCCUGGUACCCGGUCUUUUUUUAAAUAUUAUUUAUUUUUCUCCCCUUUUCUCCCCAAUUUUUCGUGGUAUCCAAUCGCUAGUAAUUACUAUCUUGUCUCAUCGCUACAUCUCCCGUAUUGGUGUUCGGGAGAGACGAAGGUCGAAAGUCAUGCGUCCUCCGAAGCACAACCCAACCAAGCCGCACUGCUUCUUUAACACAGCGCGCCUCCAACUCGGAAGCCAGCCGCACCAAUGUGUCGGAGGAAACACCGUGCACCCGGCUCCCUUGGUUAGCGCGCACUCCACCACAGGAGUCGCUGGAGCGCGAUGAGACAAGGAAAAUCCCUACCGGCCAAACCCUCCCUAACCCGGACGACACUAGCCCAAUUGUGCGUCGCCCCAUGGACCCCCCGGUCGCGGCCGGUUGCGACAGAGCCUGGGGGUGAACCCAGAGAGGCCCUGGUACCCGGUCUUUUUGUGCUGUCCUGCCAAUUCCUAUGAUCAUUGUCAGUCCAAAGACCAUAGCAGUUGGCAAGAUGGCACAAACAUAUCUGGGACCAGGCUUCAGUACAUACUCACUGGCCUUGCCUGGAUUCCAGGGCAGAAGACUUCCUGUCCGAGUCCUGAUAAGCCAGUAGGAAGUUACCCGUAGAUGCUGAUCUUGUGUCAGUUUUGCAUUUCCUCCACAAAUGGUUAGAAGUGGGAGAGGGGAAGCUGAUCCUAAAUCUUUACAGAGGGGAAACGUCACCCUGGAGCCCUGUUAACAGGAAGUCAGGGGCAUAGAGUUAAUCAGAGGAGGUAAACAUGGCUACCUCCCAAAUGGCACUCUAUUCUCUAUGUAGCGCAGUACUUUCUACCUCGGCACAUAGGGCUCUGGACUAAAGUAGUGCACCAUAUAGGGGAUAGGGUGCCAUUUGGGUCACAGGUCAUGACGCAGGGUUCUGAGGAAGAGGACAAGGAGGGAACAUUCCACACAUUCAGGAGUAGUGGGGCACUGGGAAUGUGUUCCAUGUCAUAGACUGUAGUGAUAGGGAACUGGGCUACAUUAUCAUAGGGUCGCACAGAGGAACUUACACACUAUGGAGUAACACUGAUAUGCCAGUAGCGCUAGUGGCCAAUUCCAGUCAUAGCAGAAAGAUUGACUGGAGUGAACAGCAAAAUGAUUUUGUUUACAGUCCUUGGAUAGUCUCUUUCAUCAUCCGCUGUGAAAGCUAUGAGUCUGGCACAUGAGACCAAUCAUAGUGUAGUCUCUUUCAUCAUCCGCUGUGAAAGCUAUGAGUCUGGCACGUGAGACCAGUCAUAGUGUAGUCUCUUUCAUCAUCCGCUGUGAAAGCUAUGAGUCUGGCAUGUGAGACCAGUCAUAGUGCACAGUUGUGUGACAUGUUGAGAAUAGCCAUAGAUGCUGACAUCUGUUUGCUCCUAAUAACAGACUAGGAUUUCACAUGGAAUGAUUGACCAGGUUUGUGUAGUGUGUGUGUGUAUGUUUAUUCAAGGUGGGGGACACACUUGCACACACACGCCUACACUAACAGAGCCAAGUGUGUGAGUCAAGAUAGUUGACGUGGCAUAGGGAAACACUAACUGUGAAUCUUUGUUGCAUGCCAGGGUUGACUUGUCGGGGUAAGAACACACUAAUACUAUACAAACAUCACAGUGUAACUUGAGCACAAAUGUCUGUCACGGCCUUUAAAUGAAAACUCAAACUGUAAGAGAGUUAGCUUUGCCGUGUUAGAUUGUAUAACGAUUAUAUACGUUGCCUUCACAAAGUAUUCACACCCCUCGAUUUAUGUUAUAGCCUGAAUGAAAAAUGAAUCAAAUAAUAUUUUUCACACCCAUCUACACACGAUAAUAAUGACAACGUGAGAAGAUGUUUUUAGAAAUGUUAGGACAUUUUAAAAGCUUUGCACACCUGGAUUGUACAAUAUUUGCACAUUAUUCUUUAAAAAAUUCUUCAAGCUCUGUCAAGUUGGUUGUUGAUCAUUGCUAGACAGCCAUUUUCAAUUCUUGCCAUAGAUUUUGAAGUAAAUUUGAGUCAAAACUGUAACUAGGCUACAUUGAAACAUUCAAUAUCGUCUUGGUAAGCAACUCCAUUGUAUAUUUGACCUUGUGUUUUAAGAUAUUGUCCUGCUGAAAAGUGAACUUGUCUCCCAGUGUCUGUUGGAAAGCAGACUGAACCAGGUUUUCCUCUAGGAUCUUGCCUGCGCUUAGCUCUAUUUGUUUCUUUUCAUACAAAAAAUCAAGAUUCUCUGGUCUGAUGAAACCAAGAUUGAACUCUUUGGCAUGAAUGUCAAGCGUCACGUCUGGAGGAAACCUGGCACCAUGCUGUGGGGAUGUUUUUCAGUGGCAGGGACUGGGAGACUAGUUUGGAACGAGGGAAAGAUGAACGGAGCAAAGUACACAGAGAUCCUAGAUGAGAACCUGCUCAGGACCUCCAACUGGGGCAAGGGUUCACCAUCCAACAGGACAACAACCUUAAGCGUACAGCCAAAACAACGCAUGGGAGAAUCUCCCCAAAUAUAGAGGAUGGGCGCAGAGUCCUGGUGUCGGUGUAGAUGUCUCUCGGUCGGCUCUUGCGACGCGCCUCCUCCAAGGCCUCGGACCUCCUGACCUUUAACCCAGGGUCGGCGGGGUCACGGAAUGGCUUGGACGGAGAGAUCAUCUUCUCCAAGAACAAUGUGUGUGUGCACCCUGCCGAGCCCCUGCCGGGCCUGCCCGAACACCAUCCAGGGUACCUGUGUGUGCACAUGGAGAAGGAUGAGAGCCUGGGAACCACUCUGAUCCUAACCUGGGUUCCCAACUCCCGCAUCCAGAGACAGGACGAGGAGGCAUUGCGUUACAUCACCCCAGAGAGCUCACCUGUCCGCAGGAACGCUCGGCGCAGGCCCCGCAGGCCCCACUCCCGACACCCUCCUGCCCAGGAGGAAGAUGAGGACCGGGAGGAGGAGGAGAGGAUCGGGAACGGAACUGGGAAUGGAGGGGGCCUGGGUCUGGAGGCCAGCAUAGAGCCCCCUCGUCCCCAGCUGCAGCAGUCCCAGUCUGGGGGGGAUGAGGGGGAUGAGGGGUCCUGUGAGCUGUCGGCUGACGAGGUGAGCAGGGACAGCACCAUGGGCUCGGACUCGGACACCACCUUCUCCUCACCCUUCUGCCUGUCGCCUGUCAGCGAGUCCCUCUUUGAGAGCAGCGGCUCUGUGUUCCUGGACAAUGAGAGCAGGGAGCUGUGUGAUGAGUCCAUGACCCAUUCGGCUAGCUCCGCCUCCAGCCUGGACAGCCACGCUCCCUCUGAGAACAACAGCCAAUCACAGGGCAUGCGGUGGGAGGAACAGCAGAAGGUGCUGGCGUUGGAGCAGCUGGGGGGAGUGUUCCGGGUCGACCUGGGUCACAUGAGGUCGCUCCGCCUCUUCUUCAGUGAUGAGGCGUGUAACAGUGGUCAGAUGGUGAUCGCCAGCAGGGAGAGCCAGUAUAAGGUCCUCCACUUCCACCACGCAGGUCUGGACAAGCUGGCUGAGGUCUUUCAACAGUGGAAGUGCUGCAGAGAGACCCAGCUCAAAGACCAGGUAGUGGAUGAGAAGUCAUGUAUGCAGUUCUCCAUCCGGAGGCCCACCCUACCGUCCGCUGAGACCCACCCAGAGGAACGUCUGUACCGCCGCCUGGACGUCACCACCUGGCUCCGACACCUCAACCACAACGGACAGGUGGAAGAGGAGUACAAGCUACGCAAGGCCAUCUUCUUUGGGGGCAUUGACCCUUCCAUCCGCGGGGAGGUGUGGCCCUUCUUACUGCACUACUACAGCUGUGACUCCUCCUCCCAGGAGAGAGAGGCCUGGAGACUGCAGAAACGCUCCGAGUACCAUCACAUCCAGCAGAGGAGGUUGUCUAUGAGUCCUGAGGAGCACAGUGACUUCUGGAGGAAGGUUCAGUUCACCGUGGAUAAGGACGUGGUGAGAACAGACCGCAGCAACCACUUCUUCAGGGGAGAGAACAACCCCAAUGUGGAGAUCAUGAGGUGUGUGCUGCUGAACUACGCCGUGUUCAACCCAGAGAUGGGCUACUGCCAGGGCAUGUCUGACCUAGUGGCUCCCCUACUGACCGAGGUGCAGGACGAGAGUGACACGUUCUGGUGCUUCGUCGGCCUGAUGGAGAACACCAUCUUCAUCAGCUCUCCCCGCGACGAGGACAUGGAGAGACAACUGAUGUACCUGAGGGAGCUGUUGCGUCUGAUGCUGCCCCGGUUCCACCAGCACCUGACCCAGCUGGGGGAGGACGGGCUACAGCUGCUGUUCUGUCACCGCUGGAUCCUACUCUGCUUCAAACGGGAGUUCCCCGACACCGAGGCCAUGCGUAUGUGGGAGGCCUGCUGGGCACACUACCAGACGGACUACUUCCAUCUGUUUGCGUGUGUGGCCAUCAUCGUGCUGUACGGGGAUGACGUGACGGAGCAGCAGUUAGCCACCGACCAGAUGUUGCUCCACUUCAGUAACCUCUCCAUGCACAUGAACGGGGAGCUGGUGCUGCGCAAGGCCCGUAGUCUGCUCUACCAGUUCCGUCUGUUACCCAGAAUCCCGUGCAGCCUCCAUGACCUGUGUAAGCUGUGCGGUCCAGGGAUGUGGGACAGUCGCUACAUCCCGGCCGUGGAGUGUUCUGGGGAGCACCCCGACUCCCAGAGCUGCCCCUAUGGAGGCACAGCCACCCCCCAGCCCUCUGCCUCCCCGUCGCCCUGCCCCUCACCCAACCCCACCCCACUCCCCAUGGGCAAGAGAGGCUCCAAGACCAGAGACAUCUUCAUGUUUCGGAAGCAGUCCUGAGUUGAAAUAGGGGGGAGGGAGAUAAUGGUGCUAAUUCUAACUGUUGAGUAGAUCAGGAGCUGCAGUACCACUUUUCUGCCACUAGGAUUCCCAACAUACUGUAUGUGCUUCUCUUCACACUCUCCUCCUUUUCACAAUCCCCAUCUUAUUAAAGGGAUUUUCCACCUGAUCCUUUUGUCCGGUGUGACAUGGAACACUGCCUUAUAAGAAUGUAUAUUUAUUUGGAACAUUCAGUACCACAGACACUUGGCACUACGGUUCCCAUGAAGAAGAAGCUGCUGUUCUGCUAUUGGAGGAGAUUGGACAAUCAUCACUCUGUGUUGGACUGUAACCGUUCAGGGUCCACACUGGUUUAAGGUUGCUGGACUGGAUUCAAGGUGACUCCAACAGUCAAAUACUGACUUGAGGUGUGUUGUCGUGAUUUGAACUCCAUCAAAAGGUUUUCAUAUGCUCACAAUGGAAUGUUUGUGUGAAAAAUGGAAUGAUAUAUUAUCUCAGCAUAUUGCAAUCAGGCUGAAGCCUUUUAACACUACACACUUAUAAACCUCCAUCAACCAAGAGAGGCAAGCUGUCAUUUCAACUGUCAGUAAGUUGAAAUAUUGUUACUUUUCAAAUCAUAUAUUUUUUCCGUUCCCUUCAGAGGGAGUGUGUGUAUCUGUGGGUUUGCGAUUACAAUAUUUAGCAAUAUAGUACGAUUAUAUCCUUGCAUGAGCAAUCCUUUAAGUAUAGAGGGCACAACCUGUUUAGCGAAUAACACAACGCCCAAAACAGAGGUAUAUAGGAAACUGUUUCCACAACAAGUUUUCUACAAACUUCCUUAUCAGAUUCCUGUUCAGAAAUCUAAUUUAUUCUCACAUUAUCAGAUGACACUCCCUGUCAGGCAGAAGGAAGGUGGGAUUUCAUUUAUCUUUGAUAAGAGGGGAUAUGAAUAAAUAUGGCAUCUAUCAAAGCAAUAGGGAUUGAAAAAUGUUUUUUGACCAGAUGUAGAGUUUGUGAAAAAUAUGCGGUGAUGGUUGUGGAUAUCACACCAUUACCAGUCAGUGUACAGUUUGGUCAGCUAGCUACAUAUCGAAUACGGGGCAGGAUAUUAGAAAAUGUGUUUGUAAGUUUACUUUAAGUUUGUUUUUGUUAAAUAAUGUCAGACAGGGCGGUUGUGUAAAAGCUCAGUGUUUUUGUUUUUUCAUAUCUAGAAACACAUUGACCUCCACCUUGACCUCCAAGUGAAUGAGCACCACCAUUGUCACUGCACUAAACAAUAUUAGAAUUCAUUUGAUUUGUACAGCACAGCUUCAAUCAAAUACAAUGACAUCUCAAGGUUCUUCACCUGCACCAAACAAGUGAAUUUGUCCAUAUGAAUGUAUCCACUUUGUUGCUUUCUAUUCUCUUGACUGUUUAUUUCACGUGUGUGUGUGUGUGUGUGUGUGUGUGUGUGUGUGUGUAAACGGCAGUGACCUCCCAACAUCUGGUAAUGAGUUGGGGAGCAGCCACCAAUAGGCCUCCACUGACUAAUCUCAAUUACACAACACAUCAUCACAGAGAGAGAACGAAAGGGGGAGAGCGAGCAGAAGAGAACCAACCAGAGAGGAAUGGCAGCUCUGUACCCGACCUGCUCCAAAUACUAUUUCAACUCAUUUUAAAUGGUUUAUUUGUGGUUGAGUGAGCUUGCCUGGCUGAAUAAUGGGCCAAUAGAUUAGUCUCAAAAGGUAGGCAGACAACACCAAAAGCUUAAGGUAUUUGAAAGAUCUUAAUUUAAAUGUAUUUCCCAGAGAACUAUCAAGGCCUAUCAAGUGAAGUGUUGAGAUCUGCAUGUUUCCUGUAAUCUGUGACUUGUCACGGUGGCGAUGGUUCUGGGGGGGGGGGGGGUGUUAAAGUGCCACUCCUGGGGGAAAAACAUCUUCAAAUUGCCACUAAAAGGUAACAUUAGGAUCUUCAAGCUGCUUCCCCUCUCUCUCCCGCUCAACAUGCAGUCUCUGCAAAUGACAUGCAUUACUGGCCCCUGCGUCCAUUAGUCAUCUAUGGCUGCUGCUCGCUGAAAAAGCCUGGAGAUUUAGAAGAUUGUACCAACCACUUUAUAAAGGGCUAACUGAUGGAUGGUAACGUGGUUUGGAAAAUAAUUGGGUGGCAAGGCGGCGGAGCUUUGUGUGUGUUUAUUUAGUUGCUUAUCUCGAUUCUUCAUCUCUUUCCAUGGACUGCUUAUCUCACAUGUUGAAACUGUUUCUGCACGUGAGUCACUGUAACAUGUCUUUGGCUUUAGUUCUAUUUAAAAAAUGUUUGUGACUGAGUUAUCACUGAAUGUACAGUUCUAUAAGGUUCUAUAAUAAGACACAGGCCACUGACAAGAGGGCCUACUGUGGUCCUAUGAUGUAGUGUAGCCAACACAUACAAGACUGGCUUUCACAUGCUGGAGGGCUGUGGUGAAGGCAGAAACCUUCGUGAUUUGAAAUAAAUGGUGUAAAUGGAA